UAUAGAAAGAGAAGAGAGAGAAGGAAAGAGGGAAAGUGAGAAGAAGGAGAGGGAGAGGAGAAGAAGUAAAGAAGGAAGAGAGAGAGAUCUCGCCGGCGAUCAGAUAAACUCCGAUGAUCCUUCAAGUAAUAUUUGGAACACAGUUUUCAGUUUCCGACUGAUCGCUAAGCUUUACUUCUUUUAUCUUUUUCUUCUUUCUUUCAACUUUCAUUUCAUUAGUCGAUCGAUCGAGUAAUCGGAAUACUUAUAUCGAUCGAGAAAUCAGGAAUAUACAUAGUUUUAGGGAUUUGAGGGGCUAAUUUGAAGUGCUCUUCUCUAAACCCUGAUCUUAAGUUUUUUUCUUUCUUUCUUUCUGAAAACCUAAUCUUUUUAUGGAGACGGCUACUAAGUCCGCCACAAUCAGCCACUUGCCUCAGAUUUCAAGCGACGGGUUUUUUCUUACCGGUGAUCAAUCGAAAGAUUCGACAGCCGCCGCUCGAAUCGUUUCGUCUCCAUGGACACAGAUGGUUCGGGGAUCUGAAUCCGACCCAUUAUGCCCUCUCUCUUCUGAUUCGUCUCAUUCAAUGGAGGCUCUGUCAGAUAGGUCGUCUGACAUUCGUAGCGGCGGUAACAAAGCCGAUAAGAAGCCUGCAUGGAACAAGCCUCUUUCUAGUGGUGCUGUUGAGGAUGGACCUGUUAUGGAUGCUGUAUCUUGGCCUGCUCUUUCUGAGUCUACUAAGACUCUGUCAAAAUCUGGUUCUUCUGAUUCAUUGAAAGCAGUUUCUGAUGGACUUGUUCCUAAGUUUCAGGUAACUGGAACUACAUCUUCCCCUUUGCAAAAGCAGAUUGUGACAGACAAUGCUAAUGCUAUUUCAAGUCCAGUUAUCGAUAAUGAUAGCUUUGUCCAGCCACAACAGGGAUUGGUUGUUGAAGUAUCUCCAAAUGCUGGAAAACUUGGAUCACCUGUUGUUGAGGCUUCAUUUUCAAAGGAAAGCACUCAGAAGGAGAGUAGUGGACAAAGGGUAGGGGUUGGAUCGCAAUCUCAUGGUGAACAACAACAGCAACACCGUGGUUCAUUUAGGAGGAGCAACGGUGGGUUGAAUCAUCAUCAUCAUCAUCGUAGUGAUGGUGGUUCUUACCAUCAUAAUCAUGCUGGAAGGCGAGAUCAGGAGCGUGGAAAUCGCGAUUGGAAUCGUAAUAGGAGUUUCAAUGGUAGAGAUUCCCGGGGUUAUGUAAGAGCACCACCACCACCACCACCACCACAUGAUGCUCCUUUUAUUCCACCUCCCCAAGGGCCUUUAAGACCACCCUACGGUAACCACCCUAUGGUUUAUCAAGCUCCUGUUGUUUACCCCAUGGGACCUCCUCUAAUGUUUUUCCCUGCCCCCGAUCCAAUGCUGCACUCGAAGAUUGUAAACCAGAUAGAUUAUUAUUUCAGUUCUGAUAACUUAGUUAAGGAUACGUUCUUGCGACAGAACAUGGAUGAACAAGGUUGGGUUCCUAUUAAUUUAAUUGCAAACUUCAAAAAGGUCAGGAUUUUGAUGGAAAGUAUCAAUAUCAAUAUCAAUAUCAAUAUCAAUUACAAUAUCCAAUUGAUAUUGAGUGUUUUGCGUUCAUCAAGUGUGGUGGAAGUGCAGGGCGAUAAAGUAAGAAAGCGUGAUGAUUGGUGGAAAUGGACUAUGCAACAAGCAUCAGUUCAGUUACCUGCUGGAGGUUUUAGUCAUGAUAAUAUGCAUAAUUUUCGACAGGAGGAGAAGAAGAUGACUGAAUCAAUGGCUGAACUCAUGAAUGUCAGGACGUCUGUCCUCAACAGGGGAUUCUAGUAUCAUGUUCUUCUAUUGCUGCUGGUCGAAAACAACAACAGGUCCCAUUUUGUUUUCGCUUUUGUUUUUCAUGUUGGAAGAGGAACCGCUAGAGAAAAAGAUAAACAAAGAGAGUUUUUGAUGAGUUUGUUAUUGGUUUUUGAUAGAUGAUGAUGGUUGUGUGAUGGAUUCUUUCUAUUUUUGUUUUGUUUUGUUUUGUUUUUGUUUAUGAUACUGUUUCGAAACUCUUCUUAAAUCUUCAUUUGGGGGAUUUUAUCAUAGUAUUUUUGAUUUUGAAUUCUA